AUGAAGAAGCAGUUCAACCGCAUGAAGCAGCUGGCCAACCAGACCGUGGGCAGAGCUGAGAAAACAGAAGUCCUCAGUGAAGAUCUGCUACAGAUCGAACGGCGUCUGGAUGCGGUGCGGUCAAUGUGCCAUCACUCUCACAAGCGCCUGACGGCAUGCUUCCAGGGCCAGCAUGGCACGGACACCGACAAGAGACACAAAAAGCUCCCUCUGACAGCUCUCGCUCAGAACAUGCAAGAGGCCUCGACACAGCUAGAGGACUCUCUCCUGGGGAGGAUGCUGGAGACGUGUGGAGAUGCCGAGAAUCAGCUGGCUCUCGAACUCUCUCAGCACGAGGUCUUUGUUGAGAAGGAGAUUGUGGACCCCCUGUGUGUCAUAGCAGAGGUGGAGAUUCCCAACAUCCAGAAACAGAGGAAACAGCUUGCCAAGUUGGUGUUAGACUGGGACUCAGUCAGAGCCAGGUGGAACCAGGCUCACAAAUCUUCAGGAACCAACUUUCAGGGGCUUCCAUCAAAAAUAGACACUCUGAAGGAAGAGAUGGACGAAGCUGGGAAUAAAGUAGAACAGUGCAAGGACCAGCUGGCAGCAGACAUGUACAGCUUCAUGGCCAAAGAGGGGGAGUACAGCAAGUUCUUUGUCACGUUAUUAGAAGCCCAAGCAGAUUACCAUAGAAAAGCAUUAGCAGUCUUAGAAAAGGCCCUUCCCGAAAUGCAAGCCCAUCAAGAUAAGUGGGCGGAGAAGCCAGCCUUCGGGACUCCGUUGGAGGAACACCUGAAGCGGAGUGGCCGGGAGAUCGCGCUGCCCAUCGAAGCCUGUGUGAUGCUGCUGCUGGAGACGGGCAUGAAGGAGGAGGGCCUUUUCCGAAUUGCGGCUGGGGCCUCCAGAUUAAAGAAACUGAAAGCUGCCUUAGACUGUUCUACUUCUCACCUGGAUGAGUUCUAUUCCGACCCCCAUGCUGUAGCAGGUGCUUUGAAAUCCUACCUACGGGAGCUGCCCGAACCGCUGAUGACCUUUCAUCUGUAUGAAGAGUGGACGCAAGUGGCCAGUGUGCAGGAUCAAGACAAAAAACUUCAAGAUUUAUGGCGAAUAUGUCAGAAGUUGCCACCACAAAAUUUUGUUAACUUUAGGUAUUUAAUCAAGUUCCUCGCAAAGCUUGCUCAGACCAGCGACGUUAAUAAAAUGACCCCCAGCAACAUUGCCAUUGUCUUAGGCCCUAACUUGUUGUGGGCCAGAAAUGAAGGGACGCUGGCUGAGAUGGCAGCCGCCACCUCUGUGCACGUGGUCGCGGUCAUCGAGCCCAUCAUUCAGCACGCCGACUGGUUCUUCCCUGGAGAGGUGGAAUUUAAUGUGUCAGAAGCAUUCGUACCUGUUGCCCCCCCAAACUCCAACCACUCAUCCCACACUGGAAAUGAAUCUGACUCGGGGACCCUGGAGAGGAAGCGACCGGCCAGCAUGGCGGUGAUGGAAGGGGACUUGGUGAAGAAGGAGAGUCCUCCCAAACCCAAGGACUCUGCAGCUGCAGCCUUGCCCACGCCGGCCCCGGGAAGAAACAGCAGUCAGGUGGCCAGUGGCCAGGGGCAGGGGCAGGGGCAGCCCCUUGCCGGCUCCCACCAGCUCUCUGUCAGCCCAGCGCACAGCUCCACCGGCUCCAGUCCUCAUGCUUUGCGGCGAGCUGUUAAGAAACCUGCUCCAGCACCCCCGAAACCAGGAAACCCACCUCCUGGCCAGCCCGCGAGCCAGAACGCCCCAGGGACAGCGCAGCAGACACCCAGCUUGUCACUGAAGUCAGCCACUGGAAACCCGUCUCCUCCCAUCCCGCACGCAGGCCCAGCCCCCGGGCAGCCGUGCACCACCUCACAGCUGGGUGGGCCCCGGAGAGCCUCGGGCAGUCUGGCUCCUAUGCAGGCACCCAGUCACCCUCCGCCGCAGCCCCCCACGCAGGCGCCACAGUCACAGGCCAGGCCGGGGGAGCAGGGCCUGGAGCAGCCCGCACACACCCCCCCCAGGACGCCCACCCCCCCCAGCACUCCGCCCUUAGCUAAGCAGAGCCCGGGCCUCCUGGCCACCCAGCACCCUGUGGCGGGCCACCCCGAGACUGCACAGCCACAUGCCGGGACCUUACCGAGACCGAGACCAGUUCCAAAGCCCAGGAACCGACCCAGCGUGCCCCCACCCCCGCACCCUCCUGGGGCCCACCCAGCAGCUGAUGGCAGCCUCUCCGGCGCAGCGCCUACUGCCUCCAAGAUAGUGACGGACGCCAAUUCGAGGGUGUCAGAACCGCUUCGCGGCGUCUUUCCCGACCUGCACUCAGACUCAGACAGCAAAGACCUGCCCGGCCGCCUCUUGUUGGACAUGGACAAUGACACAGAAAGCACCGCCCUGUGA